UUUUUCCUCACAGGCAUUGAGUGUAUCUUGGUUCUCCCGGAUCCUCGCAGUUAUUGGGACCCAGUGUUCGGGACUUGUGUUUUCCUGCUCUCCUUUCUCGUUCCUGUGGCGAUCAUCAGCGUGUGCUACAGCCUCAUGGUGAAGCGCCUCCACAAUGUCCGAAUCCUCUCAGGGUCCAAGGAGAAAGAUCGCAACCUUCGGCGCAUCACACGCAUGGUUCUGGUGGUAGUUGCAGUCUUCGUUGUGUGUUGGACGCCCAUCCAGAUCAUGGCUUUAGCACAGUCGCUGGGCUUCAACCUAGGCAGUGUCCAGACGGUGGUGUUCAUGCACUUCUGCAUCGCCCUGGGUUAUGUCAACAGCAGCCUGAACCCCGUCCUCUACGCGUUCCUCGAUGAAAACUUCAAGCGCUGCUUCCGUGAGUUCUGCCACCCUUCACCGUUUGGCCUUAAUGCGCAGCAGUCGGGCCGCAUGCGCAACAUUGCACGUGAGGUGGCCUACAACUGCAAGACUGCGGACGGGAACAGUAACCCUGCAUGACUAGGCGUGGAGCUGCCCCUGGUCAGCCCUGAGCCUCGACCCAAUCCAGGGACAGAAAACUCAAACUCUGAGUUGACUCAGAUUACAACACUCUAGCACCACAGUCACCUCCGCCAGGUGGGCGGGGGAAAGGGUUGGGCUAGGAGUGAGGGCGGAGUAAGGGACAAAGUUUAGGGACAAAGGGGCUCACUUUACAGUGUCUUAAUUGGAUUUGGAUGUUAUUGUCUACGAUUUCGUUCUUAACUGAGAAUUAUUACACUUUGUCGUUCAGUGUUGCAUCCUUGUGCAGAUGCUUUUCAUGUUUCUCUUUACAACAAUCAAUGUUUUUCUUGAAA